ACCACUUCCGUUCCUGCCAUUUUGCAGCUUAGCUGUGUAUGUUUGCGGGAGCUCUAUCGCUGUCGCUGCAGCAGGGAAGGUGGGGGAUAACAUACAAUUUAUAAAAAUACUGAAAACACUACAGCAUCGGCACAGGAUGUCAGAUUUCGACAGCAACCCGUUUGCAGAUCCAGACAUGAGUAACCCCUUUCAGGAUCCCUCAGUAACACAAGUAACACGCAGUGCUCCUCCUGGACUGGAAGAAUAUAACCCUUUCACAGAUGGAAGAACAGCGGCCCCAGUCCCCCCGGCUGCCUCAAAAGUACCUCCAGCCACAAACACACAGCCAGCCAUCAUGAAGCCCACAGAAGAGCCUCCAGCCUACACACAGCAUGCACAGGAUCAAGCUCUGGCUCAGGCUGAGCUCCUGAGGCGCCAGGAGGAGCUGGAGAAGAAGGCAGCGGAGCUGGACCGGCGGGAGCGAGAGAUGCAGAGCCUCAACCAGCAGGGUGGCAGGAAAAACAACUGGCCACCACUUUCAGAGAAGCUCCCUGUGGGCCCGUGCUUUUACCACGACAUAGCUAUAGAUAUACCUGUAGAGUUUCAGAAGACAGUGAAGAUCAUGUACUAUCUAUGGAUGUUCCACACGGGGACGCUGUUUGUGAAUGUUUUCGGGUGUCUGGCCUGGUUUUGUGUUGAUUCUGGAAGAGGAGUUGACUUCGGAUUGGCGAUACUCUGGUUCAUGAUCUUUACUCCAUGCUCGUUCGUCUGCUGGUACAGACCCCUGUAUGGGGCAUUCAGGAGUGACAGCUCUUUCAGGUUCUUUGUCUUCUUCUUUGUAUAUAUCUGUCAGUUUGGUGUACAUGUGCUACAGACUAUUGGCAUAACAGGAUGGGGCAACUGUGGCUGGAUUUCUGCGCUCACAGGUCUUAACACCAGUGUUCCAGUUGGUAUAAUCAUGCUCCUGAUAGCAGCCCUGUUCACAGCCUCUGCGGUUAUUUCAUUAAUCAUGUUUAAAAAGGUGCACGGACUUUACCGAACCACAGGAGCCAGCUUUGAGAAAGCGCAGCAGGAGUUUGCUACUGGAGUCAUGGCAAACAAAACUGUACAGACUGCAGCAGCAAACGCCGCCUCUGGAGCAGCACACACCGCUUUCAAGGGACAGCAGAUCUGAGCACACUGAAUGCAUUGCCACACUAAUCCCAGCCACCAGCCUGGUCCUCUCUGUAGCGAGACUUUUAUUUAAUGCACUCCGGUAACUUGAGUGAACCCCUCUGCCUCACACAGCAUGCAUGUGAACAACCUCCCUGUUGCCCUAUCUAACUGAUGAACUGACAUUCUUAAUUAUUGGGGAGUGGGGGGGGGGUUCCUCUCCAAAUUGGUCUCAUAGGGGAAGAGCAAGAACAGUUUACACAAUACUGCUGAAACCAAUAGCCACCCUGUGAUCCCUUACCUUUCUGAAUAGCUUCACUGUAAGAACAUAUAGCUUCCACACAGCUGCAUAGUUACCCUCCGAAUGUCCAGGGCCGGCCUCUAUGGGUUUCCUUCUUGGUGGUUCCUGCUCUUCUAGAUCACAAGAGAGUGCUGUUUCACACAAUGGAACAGGCUGAAAAUGCUACAUUAACACAACCUCCAUUGAGUGUUAGGAUUUUUCUGCUCGCUCUUCAUUUAUCAUGUACAAUACAUGCAAUCUUUCAUUUUUGAUUUACACACACACUCUCUCUCUCUCUCUCUCUCUCUCUCUCUCUCUCUCUCUCUCUCUCUCUC